CCGUUCGCAAAGAAUUAAUCCAAGAUAAAAACAUCAUUUUAUGUUGUGUGUUUAAAAAGAAAAAGCUGAUUGAUUGGUUAAAGAGUAUUUACUUUGAAAGUAUUUUGCACGCCAUUUAAAGCGCCGACAAAGUUGAACAAGACAGAAGAAGAAGCGGAAGAGACACGAUUCUCCUCUGACUAAUCGGUUUCAGAUUGGUUUAGUUACAAGAUUCAUCUCGAAAAAUUUCUCACGAGAUUCUCCUUGGCGGUAUCUUUGUCAACGCCGGGAAAAAUCGAAGAUCUGAUCUCAAGCAAGAUAGCUAUAAAGCAUGGACGAAAAUACUAAAUCUGUAUCAGGAAAUGGUAGAGCCGAGCUGGUAAAAUUCAUUGCUGAUAGCCAUGCCAAGCUCAUGAAACCAGCUGCUCGUUAUUACUAUACACUUAAAGAUGCUAUGGGUUGUGGGAAAAGAAGAUAUACGGCUGUAAAAGUUGCAGAAGACAUGGAAACAGGAGUAUUUGACAAACCUCUUCCUUGCUUUGGUUGUGGAAUCGGAUGGUUCUCCUUUCUACUAGGUUUUGUGUUCCCACCUUUGUGGUACUAUGCUACCUUUCUUUACUUCGGGAACUACUACCGCAGAGAUCCUAGAGAAAGAGCUGGUCUUGCUGCUUCCGCAAUCACUGCGAUGGGAUGUUCUCUUGUGUUACUUGUGGUUUUUGCUUUCCGUUGGUUUUACUAUCUUUGAGAUUAGUAAGCUAGUGGACUAAACUCGAAGCUGUUCUCAUACGCACAUUCAAAACCUCAGAAGACGGCAUGAAUUGCUUUUAUUAGAGUGUUUAACGGAGAGAUGUUUCCAACGAUAGGUACGGGGUUGAGAUAUCUUUGUACUUAUCGACAAAGGUUGAUUGAUUCGAUUAUUCUCAUCGCUAAAAGCUCCCAACAGGUUAAUGCCACGACAAACGUGUGGAUCUCUCUUCCAUUUUAUUAAUAGUAAAUAAUUGAAACACGAAUCAUUCAGAGCUUUAGUUAAAUUAUACUAGUAUACUAUGUAAUGUAAUACGAUUAGAUGUGUAAAUCGCACGUGUGGAGAGACAGGCUGUGUAUCUGAUCCUGGAAGAUAGCUGUUUGAAGAAACUUAAACGAUACUUCCGACUCACCUAGCGACUCCUUUUCACAGCCUGUCUCUUUC